GCCGCCGCUGAGGGGGCAGGAGGAGGAGGAGGGAAAAGGCGGCGGCAGCGGUAGCAGCAGCAUGGCGGCCGGGCGUGAGCGGCCGAGCGCGCCACCGCCGCCUUCUCCUCCUCCUUUUUCUUCUUCGCCGCCUCCUCCUUCUUCUCCUUCUUCUCCCGCCGAACCGGAGACCGCCGGCCCGCUGUCCAAAUAACCGCUGCCUCGGUCCUGCCUUGGAAGAGUAGGCGCCCCGGCCAUGGAGCUCGCCAAGCCGGCCUUCCCCGCGCUGCCGCAGGCCAAAGAGGACUCGGAGGAUUGGACCUAUCCUAUGAGGAGAGAGAUGCAGGAAAUUUUACCUGGGUUAUUUUUAGGCCCAUAUUCUUCGGCUAUGAAAAGCAAGCUACCUAUACUUCAGAAACAUGGAAUAACCCAUGUGAUAUGCAUACGGCAAAACAUUGAAGCAAAUUUUAUUAAACCAAACUUCCAACAGUUAUUUAGGUAUUUAGUCUUGGAUAUUGCAGAUAAUCCAGUUGAGAAUAUAAUACGAUUUUUCCCUAUGACUAAAGAAUUUAUUGAUGGAAGUUUACAAAGUGGAGGAAAAGUUCUUGUCCAUGGAAAUGCAGGGAUAUCUAGAAGUGCUGCCUUAGUUAUUGCAUACAUAAUGGAAACAUUCGGGGUGAAGUACAGGGAUGCAUUUACUUAUGUUCAAGAAAGAAGAUUCUGUAUUAAUCCUAAUGCUGGAUUUGUCCAUCAACUUCAGGAAUAUGAAGCCAUCUAUCUAGCAAAAUUAACCAUCCAGAUGAUGUCACCACUGCAGCUGGAGAGAUCCCUCUCGGUUCCACCUGGUACUACAGGUCAGAAGCCUCUGCUGUUGUGUGUGAUGCCUCCUCCCUUCCCUCCCCGCUGUCAGGAGGUGCCUUUUGCACCCUCAGCCGUGGUGAAUCUCAGAGUUUGGGAAGGAGAUGGUGCAGUUGGUGUGCAAGACACCCUCAAACUCUAGUCUGCUGUACUUAAAUAUUCUGUUCUCCUAUGGUUGAACUUUCCUGUGGUGUGACCUACUGGAGAAAGGCCCCGAGUUCCUUAGGGGAAUCAAGAGUGAUGGGCUGAAAGCAAUAUUCAUGACAUAAUCACUGCCCUUAAAAUUAAGGCAAUUCCUCUGGAAAAAAAGCCUUAGAACAGAUAACAGGGGAUUUGGGCAUGUAAAAAAUGUUACCUUAAUCAUAUAGAGUUGUUGCAGGAGCAACCCGUGCUGAAGGUCAGGGAAAAUGGAGUUUGGUGAGAGAUGUGAAGGGAGGGCAAAACAUGGUGGGUUGUAGGAAAGUUCUCCUCCCUGUGGAGAAGUGUGAGGGAAGAAAAACGGUGUCAGAAGUGGCUGUUCAAAAGCUGAGUGUCUUCAAAGGGUGUCACAAGAAGGCGGUGACAAC